AUGGAGAGGAUAAGAAAGGAGAUGAUCUUGAUGGAGAGGGGGCUGCACAGUCCCGUGGCAGGGAAGAGGCUGACGGACACGCCGGGAAACUCCGUCCUCGAGGCCCUGGAAAACUCACAGCACAGCGGCCGCCUGAGCCCCAGGAUCACCUCCGCCUCUCUGCACGGGAACCUGGGGGAUAUUCCGAGCAAAGGCAAGUUUGAAAUAGACAGUCUCUUCGGCUCGCACCACAGUAGCGACAACGGCUCAGCGGACAUCUCAUCGCCGGAUAACAGGAAGAAGAUGAGUCUUUAUUCUGAAGUUUCCCACGAGUCUGAUAUUAACAGCGAUGUGGAGGUGGGAUGCCCGGCGCACCGCUCUCCCAGCCAGCACAAGGAGAACAAAGGCUUCUCAGACAGUAACUCUGCGUCCUCCAACACAAGCUCCAGCUCUCUGUCCAAUAUGAACGGCAGCUCCGCGGGCAACAGCUCCAACGCAGACCAGGUCCGGAGGUACCGCACCGCCUUUACGCGAGAGCAGAUCGGCCGCUUGGAGAAGGAGUUCUAUCGGGAAAAUUACGUGUCCAGGCCGCGGAGGUGUGAGCUGGCUGCGGCUCUAAAUCUACCCGAAACCACCAUCAAGGUCUGGUUUCAGAACCGGAGAAUGAAGGACAAGAGGCAGCGCUUGGCGAUGUCUUGGCCGCAUCCCGCAGACCCCAGCUUCUACACCUACAUGAUGACGCACGCGGCUGCUACCGGAAGUUUACCUUACCCGUUCCACUCGCACAUGCCUCUCCACUACUACCCACACGUGGGGGUCACUGCUGCGGCAGCGGCUGCAGCUGCCUCUGGGGCCGCCUCUUCCCCAUUUGCCACAUCUAUACGGCCUCUUGACACGUUCCGCGCACUCUCACAUCCGUACUCGCGGCCGGAGCUCCUGUGCAGCUUCAGACACCCGGGACUGUACCAGUCACCCGCAGGCCUGAACAGCUCAGCCGCAGCAGCAGCCGCAGCCGCGGCGGCAGCUGCAGCCGUGAGUGCGCCUUCAGCCGCUGGGCCGUGCUCCUGUCUGAGCUGCCACAGCAGUCAGGCUGCCAGCGCCAUAGGCUCCCGGAGCACCAGUGCUGACUUUACCUGCACGGCAUCCUCGCAACGCUCCGAAAGCAGCUUUUUGCCCUAUUCUGCCGCUGUCCUCAGCAAGACCUCAGUCCCAUCUCCAGAUCAGCGAGAAGAAUCGUCACACAACAGAUAA